ACGUCUUCGCCAUGCCGGCUAAGGGAAAGUACCUGCUGAAUGACCAGGAGCUCAAAAAUGAGGCGUUGUACCGCAAAUUCUCCUGCAUCAGCCAGUACCAGCCACUGGUACUCUUACUGGGCCUCUCUAUGCUCUAUUGUGGAAUUCUCCUCAUCCUCUUUUUUGCCCUUGGACUGAGUCCAGCGGAACAUUGUGCCUUUGUGAGCCUGGUGAGCGGCAGCCUCUGUGUGUUCCUGGCUGUGUUUCUGCUGGUGUGUACAGAGCUGCUGUCACAACGGUGGAGGCGUCCACUGGGCCUGAUUGUCUGGGCCACACACCUCAUUUUGGGAUACACCUUCAUUUUCAGCUACCCUAUCAUCAUGCCAUGGGACCAGGUGCCUUUCUUCCUCUUCAUUAUCUUCACAGUGUACACCAUGCUGCCAUUCAAGUUGUGGCAUGCUGUGGUGCUGAGUGUCAUUUCCUCCCUGUCCCACAUUAUUGCCCUCACAGUUUACAGCGAAAAAACUGCCCCUUACCUGGCCAAUCAGCUGCUGUCCAAUGCUGUAGUGUUUCUUUGUGGAAGUGCAGUGGGUGCAUUUCAUAAGGUCCUCAUGGAGAAAACACUGAGGCAGACAUUCCAAGAUACUCUAAGAUGCCUGAGCAUGCGGAUGAAGCUUGAGAUUGAAAAGAGACAACAGGAAAACCUGCUGCAGUCUGUGCUCCCUGUCUACAUCUCCAUGAAAAUGAAACUGGCCAUUAUGGAACGCCUCCAGGACUGUAAGGAUAAAGAAGAGCAACAACGACUGGUCAAAGAUAACAACUUCCACAGCCUUUACGUCAAGAGACAUGAGAACGUCAGUAUUCUCUAUGCAGACAUUGUUGGCUUCACCCGUUUGGCCAGUGACUGUUCUCCCAAGGAGCUUGUGAUCAUGCUCAAUGAACUUUUUGGGAAGUUUGACCAAAUUGCCAAGGAAAACGAGUGCAUGAGAAUCAAGAUCUUGGGCGACUGCUACUAUUGUGUGUCUGGGCUGCCCGUGUCGCUGCCCAAGCAUGCCAAGAACUGUGUCAAAAUGGGUCUGGACAUGUGUGAAGCCAUCAAGCAGGUGCGGGAUGCCACAGGAGUAGAUAUUAACAUGAGAGUGGGCGUUCACUCAGGCAACGUGCUCUGUGGCGUGAUCGGCCUUCGAAAAUGGCAGUUCGACGUGUGGUCACAUGAUGUGACGUUGGCCAAUCAUAUGGAGUCAGGGGGUCUCCCGGGCCGUGUCCAUAUCACAGAGGCAACUCUUAAGCAUCUCAACAAGGCUUAUGAAGUGGAGGAGGGCGAUGGCCAUCUCAGGGACCCAUACCUAAGAGAGCUCAAUGUCAGGACGUACCUGGUCGUCGAUCCGCGGUCCAAGGACCCAUCACUUAACACCCGAAAUACAUCUAAACCUCGAGUGAAUGAUGGUUUGAAAAUGAGGGCAUCUGUGCGAAUGACCCGCUACCUUGAAUCCUGGGGGGCGGUCAAGCCCUUUGCCCAUCUUCAGAGCCGCGAAGGCUUCACCCCAGACCCCAUAGUUAAUAAUGGCAAGUCGCGUUUCAAGGACAUUCCUUUGCGAUCACCUCCAGGCAACAAAAUCACUGAUAGGAUCAAAUCCCAGAAGAGUAAGUUUGAUGAGGAGCUGCACAAUGAGAUGACAACUACCAUAGAUGAACUCAGCAGCAAGCAAUGGUCCAAGUCUGAGGAGAGUGGCAGUUUAACUCUGUGGUUUCCAAAGAAAGACCUGGAAAAACAGUACCGAGCUUUGGAUUUGCCGAUGUUCAAGCACUAUGUGGGUUGUGCAACGUUCAUCUUCUUUUGUAUCUUUGUGGUUCAAAUGCUUGUCACAAAGGACCGACAGAUAUUGGGGACGUCUUUUGGAGUGCUGGUUUGUUUGCUGCUUCUGACCCUGGCCAUCUGUUUCACAGGUCAUUUGCAGCGCCUUUUUCCAGAGAAGCUCUCAAGGUGUCAGUGGCUGCCAGCUGUUUCGGAGGCGGUGGUUAAACGGCCAUGUGUGCGCCUCCCUCUGGCUGCCAUCACUACUACGGUCAUCAUUAUCAUGGCGGUGUUUAACCUGUGCUUCGUCCCGACAUAUGAGAAGGAGGAUGUGAACGACCUCUUCUAUCUCCCUUACUCUGUAUACUGCUGUAUCCUGUCACUCGUCGCGUGUGGAGUCUUUCUGCGGGUGAGCUUCGAGUUAAAAGUACUCUUCCUCACCGUGGCCUCCACAGCAUACUAUGUAAUCAUCCUCAGCACCAAGAGGGACCUCUUUGUGACCUACGCAAAUUCGUUUGGUGCUCAGCUCAACAGCAGCUGCAACUACAGCAGUGGGGAAGAUGAAUCAAUGAGAAUCUUGAACUGUAUAGGGCUGGUGAAACACCCUCAGAUCAUGAGCUGCAUAUACAUCACGCUUUUCCUGGUUACCAUGCUCAUCAUCUCACAGCAGAACGAGUACUGCUUUCGCCAGGACUUUUUACUGAAGUACAAGAACCACACAGAGCAGGAUGAGAUCGAGACGAGGGAGAACCUCAACCGCCUGCUCCUGGAAAACGUGCUGCCAGCCCACGUCGCUGCACUGUUUGUCGGGGAAAACAAGAAGAAUGAGGACCUCUACUACAAGUCCUAUGACUGUGUGUGUGUGAUGUUUGCCUCGGUGCCGGAUUUCAAAGAAUUUUACACUGAGUGCGAUAUUAACAAGGAGGGCCUGGAAUGCUUGAGGCUCCUCAAUGAGAUCAUCGCUGACUUUGAUGAGCUGCUGUCCAAGCCAAAGUUCAGUGGUGUGGAGAAGAUCAAGACAAUUGGCAGCACUUACAUGGCCGCCGCAGGGCUUAGUGGGACGCCUGGUCAGGAGAACAAUCAGGAUAGUGAAAGGCAACAGGCCCAGAUAGGGAUCAUGGUGGAGUUUGCCAUUGCUAUGAUGGGCAAGUUGGAUGGCAUCAACAGACACUCUUUCAACAGCUUCAGGCUCCGUGUGGGUAUUAAUCAUGGCCCAGUGAUAGCUGGAGUGAUUGGGGCGAGGAAACCUCAGUAUGACAUUUGGGGCAAUACAGUCAAUGUCGCCAGUCGAAUGGAAAGCACAGGGGAACUGGGAAAAAUCCAGGUAACGGAGGAAACGUCUACCGUCCUGAGGAAUCUGGGCUACUCAUGCGAGUGUCGAGGUCUCAUUGAUGUCAAGGGGAAGGGGGAGCUGAAAACAUUCUUUGUGUGUACCGACAUGAGCAAGCAGCAAGGUAUGGGGCUGAGCUGAAGUCAGGCUCCCACAGCCUGCUGAAACGACAGACUCAUGUGCACACGUCAAACGUUUACAGACUCCUGCACAUCUCACGCAUGACUGUAAUACAACUGUGUUCCUGUAAUGGGCUCGAAAGAAAAAGGAUUUAGUGGAACUGUACCUUCGCCGUGGUGGAUAUACUCCUGGAUCUUCUGAAGUCGGUUUAGGAGACGACUGAGAUUGUCGGAGUGUACAGUCGCCAUGUUUUGCUAUUCACAAACAUCAGUGUCCAGUGCUUUGUUACUUUUGUACUUUUUUCCGUCUCUAACUUAAUGUAAUAGAAAAUCUGUGUGUUGUAUUAAUGCCAAAUACAGUUACUUUUUAAAUACCUCUUUAGUCCUUAUAAAAACAAAAAUAAUAGAUUCUAUUUGGAUCAUGAUUUGAGACCAUCUCAUUUUCCUGUUGGAAAAGUGAUGGGCAUUCAACUCUGUUUCUCUAUAAUGUGCAAAUGCUAGUUUUUUGGGUCAAUUAGACU